AUGGCAGACUUCCCCUGUUCCUGGGACGAAUGCAGGGUCUGCAGGACCUCCACUUGGGGGGGGAACCUCCCGGGAGGGACCCUUCCAGAUGUCUGGACCCAGAUGACGGGGUUGGUCGGCCCCGACUUGGCCUAUGCUGGCAUCGUCGGCACCAUUCCGGCUUCCAUGCCUCACCUACGCAACCUGACCUACCUGUCGCUAGACCACAACGGGCUCACUGGGGCCAUACCAUCCGGGCUCGGUGGGCUCCCCUUCAUUCACGACCUUGACCUCAGCUACAACCAGCUCAGUGGGCAGGUAGCAUUCCAGAAGGAGCUAGGGGAGUGGUUGGGCCCCAAGCUCAAGCUCACCGGAAACGAUGGCCUGUGUCUCGGCUCGGAGAUGGUCGGCACCGGCUUGGUCAGGGUGGAAGCCAAUGGGUGCAUCUCUGCUAACCUCGCUGAGUCAUUGGCUCGUGAUGGCUCGACGGUGAGCUCGAGUGGGUCGAGUCUCAGAUCGGAUUCUUGGUACCGCGUGGCUCUGGCCCUGCUGCCUGCUGCUUGCUGUUUGCUUACCUCCUAA